CAACGACAAAUUUUGCGGCUGGCUGGAAGCGAGACAAAAGCCCAUCCAAGACCAUCCAAGACAAACGACAAGAGCGGAAAGAAAGAACCAGAAAAAAAUGACAUCUAUCGCGGCCGCACCCUGGAUCCUCGUCGCGAUGGCGGUGGCGGCAGCCUACUGUAUUGUAGGGCUGCAGACCAAGAGCGGCUGGUUCGACGUGAUAGACGCCUGGGGCGCCGCCCACCCGACUCGGUUUCCCGGCACCGGCCUGGACGGCACCCUCCGCACCACCUACCUCGGCGUCCCGGCCGUCGACCACCACAUCGCCGGCGGCAUGCGCGUCUUCGCCGCUAUGGCCAACGGCCACCACCAGCCCCUUAGCCUCUUCUCCUUCUGGUUCGCCGGCCAGCUGCUCGCCGUUCACACCCUGCAGGUACUCGAGGGCCUGCGCGCCGGCAACCGCGGCAGGCUGAUCUCCUACACCGCCUUCUGGGGCGCCCUGUAUCAGACCAUGACCUUUGGCAUCACUACCCCGAUCUGGGCGGCCCUCUGGUUCUGGACGUCGCCCAUCGCGUCCGUCACGGCGGCGGACUCGGACGCGACGCUGACGGCCGCCCUGGCCAUCGAGGACACCGACCUCUCGGUCCUGCCGCACUCGCUCAUCUGGGGCUACCUGCUGCCCACCAUGCUGUGCUGCCUGCCCUCGCCCGCCUUCGUCCCCUUUGACCAAAAGGUCACCUUCAUCCUGGUCUGGCAGUUCUUCCCCAUCAUCACGAGCGUCUCGCACCGCCUCUUCUCCGCCGCCUCCCGCCGCCUCCGCCCCGCGGCUGCGACGACGGCCGCCCCCGAGCAGAAAAAGGCCGAGCUCGCGCGCCGCCUGCGCUGGGUCUACAUCUUUACGCUCACCCUCGUCGUAGCCAACCACGCCGCCACCCUCGCCUACGUCCUCCUCCCUUCCCUGCGCCCGCCGUCCCUGGCGCCGCCGAACCCGGCCGACGUCGACGUCGCGUCCGUCUUCGGCCCGGCCUCGACGCCGCUGAAGCUCACGCCCGUGGCCAGCAUCGAGGACGGCGCGCUCAACCUGCUGCAGUACGACGGCUAUUUCGGCGCCGCCGCGGUGCUCUACUGGGCCUCGAUUCAGUUCUGGGCCGCCAGCGACGCCCCGAGCCUGGCCACCGUCCUCACCGGCCUGGCCGGCCCGGCCGGCGCCGCCAUGGUCCUGGUCUGGCGCCGCGACGAGCGUCUGCUUCUUGCUAGCGUGCCCAAGGCCAAGACGACCUGAGCGGUAUGCAACGGGCUUUUUUUGUGGUUGUCAAGUUGGCUUCGUCACUACCGCGAGGGGAUUCCUCAACACACCACCCAGAUCUAGCACGGACUGCAUCUUUAUCCCAGCAGCCAUUCAAGUAUCGCACCGCAAGCCAACUCAAAAGCAGAACAUAAAAUUGGAUACGUAAAUAGUUGAUUUGACUCCUGGAUAAAAGGCAUCUGGUCCUCGUUCAACAUCGCUAGUGC